AUUUAUAUAUAUAUUCUGUCAGUCUGUCCCAUUGGAAAAAAAAAAAAAAAAAAAAAAACAAAGAGUUUCACUUAUAUAUGCGUGUAUAGAAUCAUCAAGAGCCCAUCUGAAAACAAAAUGGCUCCGAACCCACCAAAGACUUCUGUUCUACUUCAAAGAAUCAGCACCGCCACCUCCACCACUCGUAAGCAAUCUCAGCCGCCGCAUCAACGGCUGUCAUCGCCAAUAUCUUGCGCCACAGUCACAGAGGUCCCGGAAACGGUGGCCCGCUAUCACACCCAUCCGGUAGGACCCAACCAGUGCUGCUCCGCCGUGAUCCAGCGGAUCUCCGCCCCCGCCUCCACCGUUUGGUCCGUCGUCCGCCGCUUCGACAACCCCCAGGCCUACAAGCACUUCGUGAAGAGCUGCGACGUCAUCGUCGGAGACGGCACCGUGGGCACCCUCCGCGAGGUCCGCGUCAUCUCCGGCCUCCCCGCCGGCAGCAGCACCGAGCGGCUGGAGAUCCUCGACGAGGAGCGCCACGUCAUCAGCUUCAGCGUCGUCGCCGGCGACCACCGCCUCGCCAACUACCGCUCCGUCACCACCCUCCACUCCGAGGCCACCGGCGGCACCACCAUCGUCGUGGAGUCCUACGUUGUUGACGUCCCGCCGGGAAACACGAGAGACGAAACCUGCGUCUUCGUCGACACUAUCGUCAAAUGCAACCUCCAAUCUCUGGCGCAGAUCGCCCAGAAUUCCUGCCGGCGAAACAACAACAACUGAUGUUGUUAGAACAAGAUCUAAUAUGAAAAUGUCAACAUUGAUUAUCUGGAUCCAGAUCUUAGCUGCUAGGCAUUGUGAGUUCUAUGAUUUAAUUUGUUGAGAUAUUUUGGAUGGUAUGAUAACUUGUGAAUUGAUCACUAUGUACAUACAUAUUAUCCUUAAGUUUUUGUUUUAGCUAGCCAGCUAUUGUUGCAUUAUAUUGCCUUUGAGAUGAAUGAACUUUAAUUUAUUAGGUUUUGUAUAUUCAA